UGGCCAGACAUUAUUUGAGUUUGCCAUACCUUCUUGUAUUACACCCACGAGGACUUUGACCCGAUUUUAGACCACUGUCCUGUCCAUAAAGUUGUUAUAUACUUGAGCCAAGUUUGCCAAGAUGGUGCGUGCGUGGUACAUGGAUGACUCUGACGCCGACCAGCGCUGUCCGCACAUGACGGACCCGAUCCAGCCCGUGGAACUGGACCAGCUCAAGAACAUCGGGGUCCUGCACUGGAAGCUGUCGGGAAAUGAGUCUGAUGAAACACUGACUGGCAUCAGGAAGGAUCGUGGGUACACAUAUGAGGACCUCAUCGAAAUCACCCCAGAAAAGCUGCCCAACUACGAACAGAAGAUCAAGUCGUUUUUUGAGGAGCACCUGCAUCUUGAUGAGGAGAUCAGGUACUGUGUGGGAGGGAGCGGGUACUUCGACGUCCGUGACAAGGAUGACAAGUGGAUCCGCAUCGAGCUGGAGAAGGGUGACAUGAUCAUCCUCCCCGCCGGCAUCUACCAUCGCUUCACUCUGGACGAGAAGAACUACAUCAAAGCAAUGCGUCUGUUUGUCGGAGAGCCGGUGUGGACCCCGUACAACCGUCCCGCUGAGGACAAGGAUGCCCGUAAGGAAUACCUGAAGACCCUCGGCCUGGCUGCCUGAGAAUUUAUGUUAAGACAGUGACGCAAGACAGCGAUGCAAGAGCUGGAUUUAUACAAGUGAUAUUAUGCAAGCUUCAAGGAUAUACAUAUAAUCAAGAUGUAUUUUUAAAUGGCAGUUUUAUGCACUGACAAUUACAGUUACAUGGCAGUGUACAUGUCAAUACUGUAGUUUAAAUCAUGAAACUGUGGUUUUGCUUCCCAAUACAUGUAUUUGUUUUAAAUCAAUGGUUGAAAACAUGAAACAAUUCUAUAGCACAGUGUCAUGGAACCUGUAACAGUAUAAUCAAAGGUAAUGGUGAAAAAGGUGCUAUGACAGUGCUAAGAAUAAUUGUUAAAAACUUUCUUUACCUGCUGAUUUCAGUUUAGAUAUAUACUUUGUCUAUGAUGCUAUAGAUCAUAUACAUGAAAAGCAAGCAUUUUAAAUGCUUUGAAUAACUCUUUCUUUUGUAAUCAUAGCUAGUAAUAUCCAGAGUAGCCUCUACCAGGCUACAGAGGUGGCUGAGAGUACAAAGAAGCCAAAUAGACAACAUGCCAGGGGAGUUGGUCCGCUAAAUGAGUACAGUUUGCCACAGGGUAAAGUUCUGUGAGAAUCAUAUUGGAUGUCAUCAAUGCUGUAUUACAAUAACACUCCCGUGUUUUACUAUUUGUAAUGCAAGUACAAUAGUCGAGAAUGAUGGCAACAACUUGAGGCAUUCCAUACUGAACAUUUGUCUUAACAAAUCUAUUCUAGUGUAUUCACAGAUUGUUGGUCAGCCCUUGCCUUUUACUGCAGAACCAACAUUAUUAAACAAAUGACAUGUGCCUUAAUAGUCAUGUGAAGCUUGGCUUACCCAUGUUUAUUAAGGGUUUAAUCCUCAAGUACAUGUACUAAGUUGGUGUGAUUUUUUUUCAGAUUACACAUAGUAGUUGUGUAACUGACAGUCAAGAAAGUUUUCUGCUACUGCUUCCAAACCUAGCACUUAACUGAAUAAAGACACUGACUGUGCAGAACAGAUAUUUUUAUUUCACUCAUAUUGAGUCAUAAUCAUAUACUAGUACAGUCAUUCAAUGCAUUAUGAAGAAGUGUUUUGCAUGGUCCCAUGAUCUGUCUCUUCCACAAACAAAAAAAUAGGUAUAAAAUCAACAUGUUCUCUGAAGCAAGCAGAAAAUGACCUCUUAAUAUUUCAUUUUUCUCACAAGGAACAGAAUUAUUGCAGGUUCAUGCAUUGCUGAUGAUUUAGUAUAUCUCUAUACCUCA